AUGACAUCAUCCGAGCACAAGCCCGCGGGGCUGCCCGUUCCCAACUCCACCUCGUCCUUCUGGCACAGCGAACCCAACGAGUUCCUUCUCGGCCAUCGCACCACCUCCGAGCUCCCUUCCGAAGCCGACUUUGUCAUUGUCGGCAGCGGCAUCACCGGUACAUCGGCAGCCCGCUUUCUGGCCGAAGAUGAGCGCGCCAAGGGCAAGAGCAUCGUGCUCCUCGAGGCCCGCGAGGCCUGCUGGGGAGCUACCGGCCGCAACGGAGGCCACUGCCAGGUCCUCCCCGUCGCCCGCGCCCUCGACGUGACCCAAUUCGAAGUCCUCAACUACAACGCCGUCAAAGCCUACAUCGAAGAGCACAAUGUACCCUGCGAGUGGCGCUCCCUCGACGGCUGCCGCAGCUACUACUCCUCCUCCAUGUUCGCCGUCGCCCAAGCCGAAGUAGCCGCCCUCCAAGCCAAAGACCCCGAACUCGGCAAACUCGUGCGCGUCGUGACAUCCCCCGACGAGCUCGCCGCCCACCGCAUCAGCAAAGCCGUCGGCUGCACCCUGACCAGCGCCGCCGCCUCCCUCUGGCCCUACAAGCUCGUCACCUUCAUCCUCGAAAAGCUCGUCAAGAGCGGGCGCCUCAACCUGCAGACCAACACCCCCGUAGAAUCCAUCUCCUCCUCCUCCUCAUCAGCCGACAGCAGCACCUCCUCCUCCCCCCACCACUCCCACACUCUCCACACCCCUCGCGGCCCCAUCCGGGCGCGCCACGUCAUCCUCGCCACCAACGGCUACACGUCGCACCUGCUCCCGUCCUUCGCGGACCUCAUCGUGCCCGUCCGCGGCGAAAUGUCGUCGCUGCUGCCGCCGCCGGGGGCGCCGCGCCUGGCCGACUCGUACGGCCUGUGCGGGCAGCGGGGCCAGCCCGCGCACGGCGACGACUACCUCAACCAGCGGCCGUACGGGGGGGUGCCCAACCCGGCCGGGCACUACAUGUACGGCGGCGGCGACGGGGCGGCGCGGCACGAGCGCGUGGGCGUGUGGGACGACGGCGUCGUGGAUGAGGGGAUGGCGGCGUGGUUGAGGGGCAGGUUGCUGGAGUAUAUGGAGUUGGGGGGCGAGACCGGGGGGUUGCGGGAGUUGGAGGCGACGCAUCAGUGGACGGGCAUCAUGGGGUAUUCGAGGGAUAAUGUGCCGUGGGUGGGCAAGGUGCCUGGGGAGGGGGUGUGGUUGGCGGGCGGGUAUACGGGCCACGGCAUGCCGAACGGCACGCUCUGCGGCAAAGCCGUCGUGGAGCUCGCGCUGGCGGACGCCGCCGGCGUGCCCGCUUCCGAGGCGCAGCAGAAGGUCGUCGACGACGUCGGCCUGCCUCGGGCCUACCUCAUCACCGAGGAUCGCUUUGCGGCGGUGCGCAAGCUGCCGACCGUCGCCGAGGCGGACGCCAUGGGCGCGAUUGGGAACCAUGCGAGGCAGGAGGCCCAGCCCCAGCCCCAGCCCCAGCCCCAGUCGCGUGCGUCGGGCGUCUUUGACUAUCUGAAGAGCUUUGUGACUUCUUCGUCGUCGAAGUAG